AUAACACACCUCACGCACCGUAGGGGCUAGGCCUAUUAUAGGUAUCGAUACAGUAGGCACUGUACCUGACCCGUCCUAUCCUAAUCACCUUGCUGCCCUCCGUCCUCUUAAUCUUCCAUCGUCCUUCCCCCCCGUUGACAAUCUUUUUUUUUUCUUUCCCUUCUCCCUCUUCGUAAUUUCUUCUUCCCUCUCUCACACUUAACUAAAUCACUCCGUAUUCAAUUCUUGCGAGUAAUUUACUAGAAACAACCUGUAAUUCAUCGUACAAAUUUUCGCUACGAUCACCAUCUACAGCAUACAAUUUUAAUUUACCAUAUUUUAUUUUACACACAUACAACAAAAUGCCACGCGAAGGAACGCGAUCUGCCACCGGCAACUCCAAGCCGCGCGUCUUCCAGACAAUUGACACUGCGCCGGCUAUCAAGCGCUCAACUAAGCCUAAGGCAAAGAAGUCUCCUACUGCUACCACCACUGCCACCAAGCCUGCACCCAAGGCCAAGGCUGCAAAGCCAACUGGUGUGACUAAGAAGAAGUCUGCUGCUCCCAAGAAGGAAGGAGUCGCAAACAAGGUCAAGGCUGCUGUCAAGAAAGCAGAAGAGAAGGUUGAGAAGGCCGACAAGGCUGAGAAAUCCGAGAAGGCAGAUAAGGUAGAGGAGAAAGAAAAAGAGAAGGAGAAGGAAAAGCCUAAGAAGGCUGCUGCCAAGCCUAAGACUGCAGCAAAAUAGAUCCGUCACCACCGUUCAUCACCAGUCUCGGCUCUAAUUUACCAACUGGCCUGGACUAGAGAGAAUUGAUGGUGUGGCUUAUGAUCUAACCACCGUGUACCACCUCCCCCUAGCUUCCAGCACCACGCAAUGUAGUCUUCCGAUGGAAGACUCGCAGACCCGUAUCUGUUCCUGGCUUCUAUUCCGGCAACAACGUCAAACUACCAUGUCACCUAGUCCCGGAAUAUCGGCCACGCCUGACCUCCACACCUGCUCUUGCUAUCUUUUAUUUCCAUUCCAUUAAUGGUAUAAUCAUUUGAGCGCAAUCCAUAUAGUCAUGGUCCCAGAAAUGAACAUGGGUAAUUUUCUUAGUUCAUCUGUAACAAAGAGGCAGGGCCAAUGCCAAUAGGGCUUCCCAGCGCGGGUCAUCCCAACUCAGAUGGACGUAGAGGCACAUUGUGUAUCGGACCAGGACAGUCACGGAAAUAUUCAUAUGGUUAUAUAGCUUUUACACGAAUCCGAAAGAGCGCCUAUAACAUAAUCUAGUUUAUCCUCCCAAA